AGAUGCGGCUUGGGUUCGGGUGUUUAGAACCAAAAGCUGCAAAAUUCUUCCAUUCAUACGGUCUUUUAGUAUCUGGUUAUCCAUUUAUAUUCCUCGUAUCUCCAAUAUUAGUCACAUGCUUUCUAGCGACUGGAUUAAUUGGUUUAGAACCACUCAGUGAUGCUUUAUACCUAUAUACUCCAACAGAUGCACCUAGUAAAACGGAACGACGAAUAAUCCACGACGCGUGGCCACUUGUCGAUGGAACGUUUGUUGCUGGACGUGCUGUAACACAGUCUCGUGAAGUUCAAGUUGCAGUAGUAGCAAGAAGUGGUGGAAAUAUACUUGAUAGAGUCUUCUCUAAUGAACUUAAACUUAUGGAAUCCUUCAUCAGGAAUAAUAUCACAGUCCAAUUCAGCAAUCGUACGUGGUCUUUUGCCGAUUUAUGCCUAGCUGGCCCUGAUGGUCGAUGUGCAAAUAAUGAUCAUAUUCAAUUGGCAUCCCGACUUCAUCAACAUGGAAUUAAUAUAACUUAUCCAACUGUUAGAUUAUCUGACAAGAGUGCCUACAUCGCAUCUGCCCUUGGCGGUGUCAAACUUGCAAAAGGAGACAAUGGAGAAAAUAUAAUUGUCGAAGCAACUGCAUGGCUUCUGAUAUAUCAACUGAAAUUCUAUCCAAACGAAAUUUCAUAUGUUUCUGGAUUAUGGGAACGAGAAUUCAAAAAUAAAAUGGAUGAGUAUAAGAAGCAAGCGAAAUACAUUUCUAUAACAUAUUUUCACUCUCAAACACUUUCCGAUGAAUUGAAUAGAAAUGCGGAAAGAUUGGCACCAAAAUUCAUUGGAGCAUUUGUAAUCUUAGUAUGCUUCUCGGUAUUAUGCUCAAUUGUAACAAUCAAAGGAUCUGGAUACAUCGACUGGGUUGUCACAAAACCUAUCCUUUCAGUUUUAGGAGUAUCAAAUGCUGGCAUGGGUAUUGCCAGUGCAAUGGGAAUGCUGACAUAUUUGGAAAUUCAAUACAAUGAUAUUAUUGCUGUUAUGCCAUUUCUUGUAGUUGCCGUUGGAACCGACAAUAUGUUUUUGAUGGUCGCUAGUUUAAAACGGACUGAUAGAAAUUUGAAGUAUGAUCAACGGAUUGCCGAGUGUAUGGCUGAUGCAGCUGUAUCUAUUUUAAUUACUGCACUCACAGAUGCACUCUCAUUCGGUGUCGGAACAAUCACAACAAUUCCAGCUGUUCAGAUCUUUUGUAUUUAUACAAUGUGUGCUCUUCUGCUCACAUUUGCCUAUCAACUGACAUUUUUCUGCGCGAUUCUUGUUUACUACACUCGAAUCGAAGAGCAAGGGCUUCACAGUAUCUGGCUUCGCCCAGCUGUAACAUAUUCAUCAACAUCUCCGUUGAAUGUGAAAUUAUUCUGGCUUGGCUCACAACCACAGAAACCUCUGCCAUCAUGUGGUACUGUAAGUAGUACAUCAAGUGUGUCUACAAUGACAAGUCAGGCAACUUCACCUGCUUCAAAACAUCUUCAUCAUUGUGCUGCAACUUCAUUUUUCAGAAAUUGGUACGCACCAGUUUUAAUGCAACCUUGGAUUCGAGCAAUUGCCGGAUUAUGGUACCUCAUUUAUUUGGGAAUCUCUAUAUAUGGGUGUACUCAUUUGAAAGAAGGACUUGAACCAGCCAAUUUACUUGUCGAUGAUUCAUAUGCAACACCUCAUUAUCGCGUUCUUGAGAAACAUUACUGGCAUUAUGGAGCAAGUCUUCAAAUUGUUGUCAGUAAUCCUCCAGAUCUUAGAGAUCCUGUUGAGAGAAUUAAUAUGGAUAAAAUGGCGUCUACAUUUGCAAAUUGUAAAGUGGCAAUUGGAGAUGACAGUGUUCAGUUUUGGUUGAGAGAAAUGCAAGUUUCAGAGGAAAUUCAUAAAAUUCAGUAUGACAAUGAGAAGUUCUACGACCAUGCAGCGCAGUACAUUUAUUCGGACAUGUCCCAACCAUGGGUGGUAGAUGUCGUUUGGGGUCGGAACAACAAUUCGGAGAGAAUUAUAAAAACGUUUCGAUUUAUGAUUGGAAUGCGAGAUAUUUCAACAACAACUAAACAAACUGAAGCAACAAAUACCUUCAGAGAGAUUGCAUCAAGAUUUGAACAAUAUAAUGUAACAACUUAUAUGCCAUUGUGGUUAUUCACUGAUCAAUAUGCCCUUGUAGUUCCCAACACAAUGCAAGACAUCAUAGUUGCUGUAGCAUGUAUGCUUGUCAUAUCAGCUCUUCUCAUUCCUCAACCAGUUUGCUCUUUCUGGGUUGCUGUUACAAUUGGAUCAAUUGAUUUGGGAGUUCUCGGAUUUAUGACGCUUUGGAAUGUUAACCUUGAUGCAAUUUCAAUGAUUACAAUUAUCAUGUCUGUUGGAUUUUCAGUCGAUUAUUCAGCUCAUAUAACAUAUGCAUAUGUUAUUUCGAAAGAAUCGACAACUUCAGCAAGAGUUUGUGAUGCUCUUGGAGAUCUCGGAUGGCCUGUUGCGCAAGGUGCAAUGUCAACAAUUUUGGCAGUUUCUGUAUUGUCUGAUGUGCCUGCUUAUAUGAUUGUUACAUUUUUCAAGACAGUUUUUCUCGCAAUUUCAAUUGGAUUCCUUCAUGGAUUAGUAUUUCUUCCGUUGAUGCUUUCCGUUUUUGUUGGUUGCUGUUCAUCAAAUAAAAUCGAGACUAAAUCAGUGAAAGAACCUCGUUUUGUUGGAAGAUACUGAUGGAAUUUCUCUCAAAUAUCACAUUUCCCACCACAUUAAUGAUCUCAUUUUUCUAUUGAACCCGUGUGUAAAAUAUUUCUAGUUUUGAUAAACUUUGAACGAAUA